AUGUCCAAACCAGAGCAGAACUUCCCGAAACCAAUGCUCAUUGUUGUGAUGGGCGUUGCAGCAACAGGAAAGACAACACUUGCCAAAGCACUAUGCGAGAGACUAGACCUGCCGUAUAUCGAGGGUGACGACCUGCAUCCACCGGAAAACAUCAAGAAGAUGUCCUCCGGUCAGCCGCUCACAGACGCCGACAGGGAACCGUGGCUCACUCUCCUGCGUACCAGCGCAGAGCAUCUGAUCGCCGAGCAGCAAAAUGACCAUACCCCGAAUCCUACACCUGUCCCCGAACAUGCCCAAGAACCAUCUGAGACGGCCAGUUCCAAACCACACCGAUACCGUGCAGGUGCAAUCAUCGCUUGCUCUGCACUCCGCAAAUAUUACCGCGAUAUUCUCCGAGGAAAGCUGCGUUCAAAUCUGCCGAAGCCCCUGCACGAGCUCGAGCCGCCGCUGCCUCCGGAAGCCUUGCCGACGUAUUUCGUCUUCAUCAAGGGCGAGCGGGAUCUGCUGCUGGCGAGGAUCACAAGGAGACAAGGGCAUUACAUGAAGGCGAACAUGGUGGACAGCCAGUUGCAGACACUUGAAAGUCCCGAGGGCGAGGAGGGCGUCAUUGUGGUCGGUAUGCAGCAGAGCAUAGAGGAGAAGGUGAAGGUCGUGUUAAAGCAGUUGUCGGAGAUGACAGGAGGGCUGUAG